CACCGCAUCCAAUCGCUAACACAUCACUUCUGAUACCAGAGCUGGCGGCACAUUGUUGUGGACGUUACACACACUAUCUACUGAGCACAUCAUACAAGUAUCCUGGGCCUGGGACCUCCAUGUUCAGGUCUCAGACUGACAAACUGAACAUUCUUCUUCGCUAUCACUUUGCAAUAUUUACUGUAAUGACAGAGGUUAGGAAAUAUUAUCUAACAUGUGAAUCGAAUUAUAUCUCGAAUUAAAAAAAAUUAUAGGAGGGAAGAAGAAAAGAAAAUUUUGAGAAGAAAAAGAGGAAUAAAUGAAAAUUUAAACUUUUAUAACACUCUUCAUAGUGUCUUUGAAACUUUUUCUUCGUGACUUUGCUAUAUUCGGGUUGAAAAAAAUUAAAGAAACCCGGAUUAUUGAAUUUUACUCAGAAUCAGGAAGACGCAAUCUUUAUUUUCCCAAAAUUGGCUUGAAAACAUUGGUACGAAACCAUUGCAGUCUUCCAUGAGGAGGAACGAGAAGGGACAGUUUUCUCAAGAGAUGGUGGGAUUGCUAAGCUGCCUAUCACAUUUCAAGAAUUCGAAAGCCAAAAACGAAGAACCAAAGAAGUACGUUUUACCACACUUUGUAAAUUGAAAAAUUGCACUGAAGAAAAAACUUCUUAAGAUGUGACGUGAUUUCACUAAAGGAAUAUGUAUAGACGCCAAAAUCAAAAUGAACUUCCUUGAUGAAUUGAAAUGGAUCGCCACGAUACUAGGAUUUAGAAGUUGCUUGGAAACAAAUACAGUUCUGAGAACUUUCAGUUUAUAAGAUUUGUGCUACGUUCGAGAUAAAACGAAAUAAGAAGUUCUUUUUCCUGUGUACUUUAUUUCUCAUUAACGUUUAAAAGAUAGAUGCUUGAAUUAUUUUAGUAUGUAUCAAGAAGUUUAUAGCGCGAUAUCGUAACAAGAAGAACUGUCAUAUAAAAAAUGCUACCUCAGGUAAUGAUCCAUAAAAACACAAUUACUCAAAGUAACAAGCAAAAGAACGGAGCGGAAACGAACGUUAUUUAUGUUUUAUCAUGAAUAUUUGUUACGCGUUUAAGCACCGUGUAACAGCGGUGGAAUCCAAGACAGACGCAGAAACAAAGAACAUAUAAAUAUGCUAAAAGAAGUUUUGAAGAGGAUGCCUUAUUAUGCUUACGAAGAAAAGAAUUUCGGAAUACCUUGUGCUUCUUGCAAAUGCAUAAAUAGUGCAAAAUUGCGUGAAAACAAUGUCAGGAAAUGUGUUACUAAUUCCAAUUACAUGCAAUUAUGCUUUCAUUUCUUGUACUCUCAUCCAAACGUGGUUUCGUCUUAUUCAGUUGCCUAAGAAAAAAUAGAUUAGUGUCUUUUUAAUCGAAGAAGAACAAGUAUUUAUAUUUUCAAUCACCGUGUAAUGAAGUUUUUCUAAACUUCUUCUCAACAAAAUUAAGCAUAUCAAAAAUAUGAAAAUGACAGUUACUUAAAGUACUUUUCCGAUAUUUCUUAUAAUGAGAAUCUCACAGACGUAUUUGAUAAUACACUUCUGAAACAAUUUGAGAAAAAAAGCCAUUUUUGAGGUCAGCGCAUUUUUCCGACUUCGUCAUUUUCAUAAAUGAAUUAGAAUAGUAGGAUAACGGGAAAAGUUUUCAAUGAGUAAAUGUGUUUUCCUAAAGAUAUUAUAAAUCAUGCAAAUGGAGGUGGGGAACACAAAGAUGAAUCGAGAAAAGGACGUAAAAUACGAUUUAAAACUCCCCGUAAUGCGUUUUUCUAAAUCCCCGCAUCGAAUCAACUGUUGAAAUGGUAGGGAAAUAAUUUGAAUAAAUUGCCGUCUGAGGAAGUGAGGGCGUGAAGUUAGAAAAGAAUGCUGUCCGGGGGAUUUAAUUGAUUCGCUAAGUACCUUGGCCAACAGCCUUUGAGAAUGAAAGCGUAAUUUCUGAAGAAUGCUGUUCGCCGUUUUGUUAUUGAUUGCGUGGGUGUUUGUUACGAUCGGAGGUACAGCUCCUCUUUUCUCAGAUAAGGAGGCCCACCUGAAAAUUCCAAUCCGUGAUCUGCCGGUGCAGAAUUCUGGAAUAAGUCCGCUAAUUUUUCGCAACUCUGAUUCUAUGAUGCUGUCAUCUCAUCAUGAGAAGGGGACUGCAGACCGGAAGCCGUUUAGAGGUAGUCUACCACUAGUAAAUCCAGAUGCUGGUAAUGCGCCAAGAAGAGCUUUCACUGAUCGAGGAGGUAUGAAUUCACCGUCUGAAUUCCAGUCUUUUCACGACGUAGAAGACAUUCCCACCCCAACGAAUAUGAAUCGCUCUUUCCAGCAUAAUGGGGUGAAUGGGGAUAAGGUGACGCAUCUGUCGCGCUCCGGAAGCCACAGGGAUCUGCGCACGAAACUGCCGAGAAGAGGGUACGAGAUGAGCACACUUGUAUAUGAUGAUGAUCAUUUCCAUUACGAGACAUCUUUCGCCGAGAAAACUGAUUCUCUCAGAAAUGAUUCCACGGCGCAUUCAUUUACUCCCGACUCUAGAGAUUCAUCUUUAAAUCAUGAAAAAACGCAGGAAAGCAGCAUGAAGAGUAAAACAGGAAGUGGGUUUAAUAUGACAACCGUACCUGAUAUACUAAAUCACACUGAUAAAACACCAACAUCUUAUAAAGCUGAGAGCUUGGAAGGAAAAAGAAAUUCUUUUCAGACUGAUUCCGUUACGGAUAUUAGUGAAACGAAAUAUUCUCAAAAAAUGUUAGAUCAUAAACCUGUGAAUAAAUUAAAGUCAGGUGACAAUUUUGAUACUCCGAGUAAAAUCUAUGGACAGGCAGACACACUCAUAAAUAUCGAGAAAGAGGAUGAGAAACGUUAUAGGAAAGAAACCAUAAAUACAACUCAAGCUGAGUUUAUAGAUCCUCAGAUGCAACCGAUAAAAGUAAAUGCAUUUAACAAUAAUGGGAAUUCAUCAAUAGCCGUAAAGUCUACUAAUGCAUUUUUACUUCACAAACAUAAACAUCCAAUAAAUUCAUCCAACACUGCAGUUUUAAUGCAUGAUCAGCCGCGGGAUAAAAACGUGAAAGAUUUAAGCCAAUUGCACAUGCAGCAAGAUGGCAUUUACGAGAUUGUUACAUCUGCUACUGCAAUGUUUUCAGACAAUAGUGAAAAUAGUAAUGAUGUUGAUAUGCUCCGCAACGAAGGUAGUAGAGAACAGCGCGGGUUUUCUUUAAAGUAAAUCCAACAAUUACAAUGCAAGCUUCAGCAGUAACGACACAUGACUCCCAUAUGAAUGAUCCACCAUUUCGAGGGCCGAAUAUUCCACCAGAAAUUAAUCAUUUUCUUAAAAAUAAAGACAAAACCAAACUUGAUUAUCACAACAUGGACCCUAUUGUUGAAACACCAUCCUUUCAACCUUUGAACCUGGAUGCAGACUGGAAACAAGCAAAACAGCGUUGGGGAGUAGCUUGGGAUUGUCACUGCUACAUAGUGGGAUCCUUGUUUUUAAUUAUUGCUAUUUAUUCUUUAAUCAGUUUAUUAAGAGUAAAAACAUUUGUUACACUCUUGAGUACUGGUUACUACAUAACAGUAAAUUCAAUAAUUUUUGUAAUGUGCUUAUUAAGAGCACUUUAUUUGUUAUACGAUCCUUAUAAUUUGACAGGAAAAUAUCCGACUGUAGUGUCACGGAUACUUCUCAAUGUAACUUUUCCAUGCCUAACCUCGGGCUUCUCUAUUUUAGUGCUAUCUUUUCUUAAUUCUACAAAAACGCAGUUUCUCUGGUCCAAAUUUCAAAGACCAUCCGUUUUAUCUCUCAUCAUUAUGUUUAUAUUUUCAAUGUUUUUAACAGUGGAAGUAAUAGUUCACGUUUUAGAUGUAUCAAAUGUGCUCCUGAUAGCGUGUCAGAUCCUCCUUCUGUUGGGAGCAACUCUCUCUUCAGUUUGUUACUUUUUUACAUUUAAAAAACUGCUUCACAGGGCUUUAAGAAAACAAGGUGAAAUGAUUCGACUCACCUUUACAAAACUUCACAUCGAUGGAGCUCAGUUGCCAAAAAAACUUCCAAAACCAACUCUUGGUCUUGCUGUUAAGCUAGUAUUAGCAACCGCUGUACUUCAACUUAUGUUAUGCUCGAUAAUACCUUUUGGAAUGAUUUUCUUGCAAGGGCUCUUCAUUGAACUGAAACGUCCAGACCCUUGGUUGUGGUGGGGUUAUCACUUAUCGUGCAGGAUACUUGAACUAAUGAUGUGUGGCACAAUGUCUUUCAUUGCAACUCAGCCCCAAAAACAUUUUGAAAUUGGUGAUAACCGAUUUUGUAGUAUACUCAUGUGGUUUCCUUGUAGCACAUUUGCUGAUUGUUUUACCAAAGAAGAAGUAGUUGAUUUUGAAGCUCACUCAGACAAUUAUGCCAAUCCUCAAGGUCUUCGAAAUACAGGAUUUAACUUAACAGCAAAUUCCAGACGUCUUCAGACGAAUUCCUUACCUACGUUUCGGACACCUUUGAAUGAUGUUGAUAAUAAUUUACCAAUGCGAACUUUACCCUGCACUGGGAGGCAUACAAACCACGCAAGUGCACUAUCUCUUCUAUCAUACUAUAGGUCAAAGAGGACUCUAAGCUUGUCGACAAACGAAGGUCUGGAAGAUUUGGAGAGGACCCUUUGCAACCAAACUAUUUCUUCAUCUGAUGGGCGGAACAGUCUUCGGCCAGCUUCUAUGCUUUAUAAAGACAACGGUUUCAUUCGAUUUCGAAGAGAAAACGAUCCUGAGCAACCGAUGGAAAUGAGUGAUGAAGAUGACCACAUACAAGAAGAAGUGGACACCAGUUUAGAAGAUGCUGAUUCAACAAAAGCAAAUGUUGGAUCUAGUUUCCAUUCAUUGCUUGAAGGAGAUGUAGUGCAAAGUACCCUGUCUCCUUUCUUUCAGAUUGGUUAUAAAAGACGAUUUCGAAAAAUGAGCCGCGUAUCAAUAGAAACAACAGAUUAUAGUGCUGACGUAUCUUCCGAUCAACUCAGCAAUGUGGUAAAUUUACGAAAUGGACUCUCGAGUAGUGCACUUGACUUUCACACUCGAAAAUAUGGAAGCACCUGCAGUUCUGAAAGUGCAGCCAACAGUUUCGAUGUUACGUUUUUCUUAAACAGUAAUUCUUCUCAAGAAAUGCAGACUUCUCCUACAAGCACCACGCCUGCAUCUUUGAAUGUCUGCUCUGCUUAUCGCAGUGAAACUGAAGAUGACAAAACAUCUAGUGUAGAAGGUCAUGAGGUAAUGUUGCGAAGUGUUUCUCCCAUUGUAAAGCGAGCAUCAUCUGGUAGGUUAUCUCUGAAUUUAAAUCUGCAUAAUACAACAGAUAAUAAUCAUUCCAAUGGACAUGUUAAUGUUGCAUGUGGAACAGAAGACAUAACUCCAGAUUCUGCUGUAUAUCUUGAUCUUCAUCUUUCUCGUGAGAAUUCGGUGAGUCCUAAAGCAUCACAAAAAUCGUUUGUUUCAAAACUUCCUUUACCUUCAAGAGUUUCACCUUCAGACUGUUUCACAAAAUCGACUGAUGGCAUAGGAUCUUUAACACCGGAGACUGCUUCUAUGCAACCGUCACCUUCAAUUUCUCCUACUAGUCAGUCACUCAGUGAACUACGGACAAGUAAUUCGUACGUUUUGAUCCCUCGAGUCAAAAAGAACUCAAGGGGGCUACUUUACAAAUUAAGAGGCUCAACAUUCUCUCUCAAUGCUGCAAUUUAUGGUUAUGAGCCUCUAGAACCAGUUGGACAUCCAAGGAGUUCUCAAAGGUACCAAGAAAAUAAAAGAAAAUUGGAAAGAUCUUCCAGCGAUCGAAGACCCUUGUCUGAGGGUCAGUUGGAAGUUCAACCUCAUAUAACGCCUCUAGGUGAGCUGUGGAAUCAAGUCACCAGUACGGGCUCUGGUCUGUUAGGAGAUAGCGGUCUGCUUGGAGACUGUGGUGUAGCCUUAGUAGACGUUGCUUCACAAACUGAUGAUAUUGAUUUAAGUGAAUGCACUCAUAAAACUUGUGCUCAUUUAAAGAAAAGUUCAGCAUCGACGGAAUCGCAAUCAUUUCUUUCUACGCAGCUAGUAGACAUUAGAAAAUGAAAAAAGCAGUUCUGUAAAAUGGGAGAUUAGUAUGUAAACAGAAAUGAGGGAGCACUCGGUCAAACUAGUCAUCAAUAGUAAAAAAGGAAAAUUUUAUUUUAAGUAUAUAAUAAAAAUCUGCACGAAAAUUUUUGCGCACUUUAAUCGUUGUUAAUCUUUUGAACUGGAAACAGAAGUGAAUUCAAUUUGAAUUUAUGAUGAAUUAAUGCUUAUUAAUUUUGGAACUAAUUUGUGUUGUCUUAUAUAUCAAUGUAUGUUCAAUUUCAGUAGUAAAUCGUGUGAUUUUCAUAAAUAAUUUAUGUGACGUAUUUGUAAUUUUAAAUUUCCAAACCAUUUCUGACCCAAGUAAUGUAAUUUUAUUCCGAUAAAGCCAUGCGUAUUUAUUGGCAAAAUAUUUGAAAGGAUCUUUAUGAGAAUUGUAAGGGAAAAAAACAGAGAGCCACUAAAUUUUGAAAAUAUGUAUAAAUAUUAGUCUUCUAUUAAAUUUUAACAGUAUAAAUGAAACUAAAGGGAAAAUUGCAAAUAUUGUUCGGUUUUACAAUCUAGGAUAUGAUUAGAAACUAAAAAAAUGCUUCAUAAUAAUUAUAAUUAUGUUAUAAUAAGGCAAGUAAACAUAGUUAUCAUUCGAGUUUUGCGACAUGGUAAAGUAAUUGAGGAUAUGUUAUAAGCGUUUUGUCGAGCAAUUUUAGGAAGCAGAAUGCAGAUAAUUUAAGCAAAAAUUUCUUUCAUUUUCAAGGAAAUAAUCAAAAUUAAUGAAAUCUCAUUCACUAUGAAAAUGAUACUUACACUUGUCAAUGAUCUCCUAAAAUUUUUAUUUUCGAUUGUGAGAUCUUAAUUACUUCAAUUAGUAAUGCAUACAUUAAUAAUUUGAAAUGAACACGCCAGUGUUCUAUACUCACUCCGAAAUGCUCCUUUCAGUAUAUUGUAAAUAUAAUUCAAAAAUUUAAUAUGACAAUUUUUGCAUCGUAUUAAAUUUUAAUACCAAAAUAUUUCAAAAUAAUUUUUGUAGUUUUUAUAAGCAUAUCUUAAAAAAUUCUCUUGUUAAAUGUUUCGGCCUAAUGUUAUUUUAGCAAUUAGAACUAUUAAACGCGGGCCGCAAUUUUAUCUCAACGAAAACAAGCACCUGCGCAAAUUUUUCUUUGUAAAAAAAUGUUUUCAUACAUAACUACUAUUCUGCUCCGUGCUGGUGCUAACUGUUGAUUACUCUUUGUAUUUCGUAAGGUAAUUUAUGAUAUUUGCCGUUCUCGAUAGUUAAAAAUCAUUUACAUUUUCCACUGAUUACUGUGAAAACGAAAGAUUCAAGUGGUGCAUAUGAAAAUCACUUAAAACUUGUGAGCCAAAUGUAUAUUAGUACGCGUAUUUACUACUUAGAAUUUGUAUAUAAAUUUUCAUUAUUUGAUUGGAGCAUACAUAAGUUUCAAAAUCGUUUACACACUAAAAGAAAUCAGUGACGUAGUAAGCUUAAUCCUCUAAAUUUAAGUUCAUUUUUAAGUCCCACACAGUACGUAAUAUGUAAAAUAUUAUUUAAAAAGUACCACUAAAAUUUUAUUAAUAAUUGGAAAUUCAUUAACCUUUAUUAAUAUUUUUCAAUAAUUUCUGCAGGUAUCUUUGACUGUUGUGAUAAACGUAUAAAAAUGUUUUAUUUUAAAACUGAAAAUGAAUCAAUCCUCUCCUCAUGCAAUAUACUAGAAAUAAAACUAAUAAUAAAAAUCUUUUAAAUUAAAGCUUUAUGUUUUAUAUAAUUUUAUUCAUAUCUUUUAACUGCCUCAAGAAAUGCAUGUUAACAUCUCUUGAGACAGCUUGAGGAGGUGGUGAAGUGCAACACUAAAACUCAUUUACACAUGAUGCAAAAUGUACUAUACAUGAUACAAAAUCAUCGAUAACUUCCUCAGUGUUGUUAAAUUAAAAGAAACUUGCAGGGCAAUACUUUAAAUUUGCUGAUCUAAUUAAUAUAUUUCAUUUUCGACGUUGUUAAUUUUCAGUUAGUGUACUUACUGAAGAACGAGAAAUUUAAUGUAAAUAGAAAAAAAUUCCGAAACUCUACUAUAUGAUAAUUUAUUUUCGUUAUUUUUUCUUUCAUUAGAAUAACACUAUAAUAAUGAAUUUUUAUAGAAAUUAAUCACUAAUCAAUGUAUUUAUUUCUAACGCAAAAUUUUCGUCUUCCCUGCAAUUUUAACUCAUUUUUUAUUGUUGAAAUCAUACUGCGGUAUUAAAGAUUUUUAAAAUCAACAAAAUACUUUCCGUUUUCAAUUAUAAACACUCAAAAGUGAAAAUGCGAGUAAAUUUCCAUGAAUGUAAAAAUAAAUACCAGUAUUAUCUUCAGCCGUUAUGCAUUAAGUGUUCUCAAAUUGUACAGUUUGUUACAAAUAAACGCCUAUCUGAGGUUAAAUUUUGACUACAUUAAUAAGUUUGCUUUAUUUACAUCUACAUUCCGUUCAUCUCUUCAAAAAUACUGAAUUCUGUAGAUUUUAUUACAAGUACUAGAAUUAAAGGGAAGAAGAACUUCUUUCAUAUAGCAUGUGAAAUUUCACAUGAAAGAGACGAAUCCUAUCAAGAAUAUUACUUGAAAUAAUAUGACAAGCUAAAGAUCUUUAAUACAACAAGCUAAAGAUCUAGUUAACGAUCUUUACAGACAAUAAUAUACGGACUUCCAUAUAGUACAGAUAUGUUCCACACACAUAAUUACUUCGAGGAAUAUUGUAAGGAAAAUAUCCGCAACAUUUACAAAUACAUCUUUUGUUAUCCCACAUAUAAAAACAUGUUCUGCUUACAUAAUUAUUUAAAGAAAAAUAUCUGUAUGUACAUCUUUUGGUAUUUCAUAUACGAAACGUAUGUUUCCUUUAUAUGCUCCUGUCCCGUAGCAUUACAGACAAACUUCUGUAACAUCUAAAGGUAUAAAUCCGGCAAGUUUACAAUCAGUACCCUUGUUAAUGAUUACUCAAACAUUCAAUGAUGCACAGAUGACAUGAGUUUUCUUAUUACAAUAACAGAACUUUUACAGUGAAGUAGUUAACUUUUAUUUAAUUAUGGAUCUCACUUUAAUGGCCUAGCUCAGGUAAAGAAUCUUAACUCACAUCGACCUCUCAAAAUAUAAUUUCUACCAAACUUAGCAAAUAUUUUUUCCUCCUCCAGUAAUAUAAACAGUAAAAUGAGAAUCGUAAUUAAAUUCUAGUUCAAGAGAACGAAACAGUCAAUCAAUGCAUAUUAAAUUAACACAGAACUCCUUGCUAUGUUGUCUUUUGUUUAGUUACUUUUUUCAUAAUUCUGGAUUUAGUGAGAUACAGGAAGAAGAAUGGAUAGGAAAGUGAAAUGAAAAUAAAUUAAAAAGUUUAAAGAAAACAGACAUGUUAAGGAAAUCAUUAAGUAAUAAAUCUUCAAAUAAUAAUAAAAUCUUAAAAUAUAUACAUCCUCAUAAACGUAAUAAACAAUGCUUUGACUGUUGUUUUUUCUCAGUUUUACAGCUAACAUAUAGAUGUAGAUAAGUUUAAUGCAAAAUUAGUGAAAGCGUAUUUCUUUGCAUUAGGUGAGGAUUGCAGAGAGUUUAUAAAAUGAAACAAUCCAUUCGUUCUUUCCGUAUGUCUUCUAACAAAUUUUGGAAUAGCUUGUGGGAGAAAACCCGAUCAACAUAUAACAGAGCAUGGAAAUUUUACAUUUAAUUAUUUGAGUGCUUAUUUGUGGAAUAUGUUCUGCAUUUGUAUGAUAAAGAUGUUAAAAAGUGUUAUUUCCUAGAAAAACGCAUUUUUCUCAAUGAAUGUAUUCGUAUUUCUGGAUGAUUUAAAACUUAAUAAAUGUUUUAAGAAAUUUA